CUCCAGCUGGGUGUGGACCUCUGUGUCCUCCAUCAUCCUUAGUUCAACAUGAAGCUCUAUUCUCCUCUGCUGUUUAACGUCUAGUUUAUUAGAGUCUCUCCAUUUGUGCAGGCUCAACUUUCCCAGAGCUGCCCUUAUAGGCAGCGGUAAUCAGGUUUAAAACUUCAUUAGCUUCUCUGGAGAUAAAGGUGUCCUAGCUGCAGAACUCUGAACAGAAGUCUCAAGUUCUUCAAAGGAUUAGAAAAGUUUUUCUCUUUGUGCUUGCUGCAGUCAGUCCUGUUUCUCUCUAUACUAUAAAUGCAUCAUCUAGUUGUUCAGCUUUGAAGUUGUGAGGUUGUCACAUAAGUUGACCUUUACUCUCCAUUUUAUAUUUUCAACAGUCUUAUUCCAUAUUUUCUGUGUACUUCUGAUUAAAACUAUCUUCGGCAUGUUUUCCACAUCCAGCUUUAGUUCGAUGUUUCCAUUUAGCAGAUUACCAGGAACCAUGUCUCAUUAGAGCAGAGUGAUAAUGUUUCCUCAGGGUUGGUAGUACAAUUCCUCCUUGUGCUUUAUUAAUUUGGUUUGACAUUGGCCCAAAGAGAUCCAGUUCAAUUCAAUUCAAUUAAAAGAUACUUUAUUGAUCCCCGAGGGGGAUUCCAGUACAACCCAUCCAAACAGACAUCAUGACACAAGACGAGGGGGAAGGGUCACCGAGGCUUUGCUGCCCACUCACAGGCGCUGCCCUUGCUAGAUGAGAAAAGAGGCCACAUUAGCAGUGAGAUGGAGAGCAGCAGCGAUGAGUCCCAGACAGAGUUUAUCUACUGCAGUGGAGCCGCCACAGAGGUGCUGAAGGUCGGCUCCGGUCGCCUCCUGUCAGGACAAAACAUGCUCUUCCUCAUCAUACCAGGUAACCCUGGGGUGGUGGGCUUCUAUAAAACCUUCAUGCAGACUCUCCACAGCAUACUGGGAUACCCUGUUUGGGCUGUGAGCCACGCUGGUCACUGUGCUCCUCCAGACUCCAUGGACAUGGUAGAAGAUGCCUCGGCAGCAGCAAAGAAGGACGUGUUCGGCCUCAACGGGCAGAUCCAACACAAGUUGACCUUCCUACAGAAACAUGUUCCCAAAGGAACCAGUUUAGUUCUUCUGGGACACUCCAUCGGCUGUUACAUAAUCCUGGAGAUGAUGAAGAGGGACCCUGAACUCAAGGUUCUGAAGGCCGUCAUGCUGUUUCCAACCAUCGAACGCAUGUCUCAGACUCCUCAGGGGAAGGUCAUGACUCCUUUGCUGUGUCAGCUGCGUUACCUGGCCUACCUGCCGCUCUUCCUGCUCUCUCUGCUGCCGGACAGCCUCACAGCUCUGCUCAUCAGACUGAUAUUCAGCAGCAUCCCAUCUCUGGAUCCCUGUGUUGUCCGACCUUCUGUAGAGCUGCUAAGUGGAGACUGUGCAGUGAAUUCGAUGUACCUGGGAGGCCAGGAAAUGAGGAUGGUUCUGGAAAGAGACAACACGACCAUCCAGAAGAACCUGGACAGGCUCACAUUUUACUACGGAGCGACGGACCACUGGGUCCCUGUGAGUUUUUUCCAGGAGAUAAGGAGGGAUUUCCCACAGGGAGACUUCAGACUCUGUGAAAAAGGCCUUCGCCACGCAUUCGUUCUGGAUUCAGGCUGGGAAGUAGCUCAGAUGGUUGCAGAAUGGAUCCGUGGAUCUUUGAGAACAUGAGCUUCUACAUCUGUGUUUGUGCCUGAGGACAUAAACCUGCCAGACAAAACUCUGGGAAAACAUGCAGGUUUCUGUUUGCAGCUCUGAAGUUGGAUCAAUAACUUCAAAACAACAAAUUCAGUUUUUACAGCAUUAAGUAAAAACAUUUCCAGCUUCACGUGUUUUCAGAUGCAGUUUUCAGUAAUAUUUCAUCAUAAGUAUUUUCAAAGGGCCAAGCUUUAGCUUUGUUUAUUUAGUUAUUAUAAUGUUAAAGGGGCAGUAUAUGGAAGGCUAAGAGCGCCACUAUUUGAUAAAGAAUCAGCGUUAAAUAAAUAUUCAUCUGUAGGAUAAUUCAAAUAAAACAAAAAAUGUGCAACUAAAUAACUAAAUGUCAGAAUAAGUAUUUACAUCUUUAUAUCAUUUAGUCAAUGCAUUAAUGUAAGAAUAAUUUACAUAUAUAUUUCAAAAAAUAUAUAUUUUAGUAUUUUUUCAUUAUUUCAUGGAUGUGUUGCAUUUAUAUUUUUAUGUUUUACACAAGGUGAUUGGUCCGCAGCUGAGUUGCUGUGCAGUUUAACCAAUCAGAUGCCUUAUUUGACGAGCCUUGAGAGCAAGAACCUUCUGGUGGUCACACGAUAGGUUUCAUUUGUCUGCAGUGGUUCCUGUAGGAGAUCUGACAGGUUAAACAGAACCUUCAGGUCCAAUUUUUCCAGAAACAUUCAGAGCUGAAAUAUAAUGGGAGGGAAUCAGAAACAAUCUGAAAAAUCCUCAAAAAAACUGCAAAAGGGAUCAAAAUGAUAAAUGGGUCCAUCGUUCUGCAACACGUUUAAACUUUGAAUGAUGGUUCUGAUGGUAACAAUGGCUGAGCUAUUGUGGUCCAGUAUACAGAGGAGUGGCAAACCUCAAAUCCCCACAGAAACAAGAUUAUGUGCUGUAGUACGUUUCCAGUGCUACUUUGGUACCAAAUACUGGAUUGAUUUAUUUCAGUAAUUGGGUCACUUUAAGCAGCAGGGAAGUGAUAGAGUAACAACAUCGCCCUCUGCUGGUCAGGUAGGUGGCGGCUUCACAGAGGAAGCAGUGGCUUCUGUGUAUCGGUUUAAAACCCAUUACUGUGAACAUGUUGCUGCAUGGAGCUGUGCAGCACAGCUCAUUUUGGGCGCAGUGUUCUGUGACAUCAUCUGGGCGUCUCAAAUCAGAGUCAACCUGGUCCAGGCAACAAAGACCAAGAUGGAGGAGAAGCUAAGGAUGUAGAAGGAUCUGGAAAUUUUCACACAAGAAUAACGAUCUAUAAUUUCAUCGAUCGUUUAUAUUUGUUUUCCGAAUAUCUGCACAGUGUCACCUCAUUGGUUGGCAGAAACCAGGAGAAGACUGGGACACCAGUACUAAGAAGCAACUUAAAACAAAUCUAGACACAAGUGCUUUUUAAAAACAUUAUGACCACCAUGUUAGUGGAUAUAUAUUCAGUUUAGAGUAAGUGUUCAGAACCUGGACAGGAGGAGGUUUCGUCUGUGAGGGUAUUUAACAAGGUUCAGGAGCCAUGGAGGUGCCUUGGUAGGAUCUGUCAUCGGAUUUAUUUACAUUGUAGUUUUCACUGUUGAUGCAAUUCAUGGAAAUCAGAGCUAUAAGUGUUGCUCCACCCGUACAGGUACAGCUUCACCUAGCUAACAGGACCGAUAAUUACAGUUCUACUGAAAAAUGGCCGAUUCCGAGAUGAGCCGAGAAGGUUCAGAUAUUCUGUUUAACCACAGAUGUCAGUCAGCCUCAAUCGGCUCUGAUCAGGGGGUAGUUUACCGAGCAGCAGGGAUGGACAGACACAAGGUGUCUACGAGCCCCAUCUGCUGCAUACAGGGCUGCAGGACCAUGCUGAUGCUGCAUGGAGCUUAACAAAUAAAUUUAACAGAUAAACGUAGACGAGAUCGUGACCUGAAGCCUCCCAUAGUGGUAUUGGUCUCUGCUGUCUCUGUGCUGAAGAUCUCUCUACCAGCCUAGUUUUUACAUUCAGAGUUUUAAUAAAGAUGGAGGGGCAAGCUUGGUGUGGAAGAACUUCAAAUGAUCCCAUAAAGGCGGUCCUAAACCUUGUGGAAAGCCUUCCUGAAGAACUUUUCAGCUGGUUCAUAUUUCUGUAUUAAAAUGAUCUUUUAAUGGUC